AUGAGUUACGUUAAGAAAGACGAGGAUGCGGACCAGGUCAUGAUCAAGCUUGAUCGGACCUCCGUUUUCCAAGAUGCACGAUUGUUCAAUUCCUCCCCCAUCUCGCCCCGGACAUGUCGCACCCUCCUGACCAAGAUCGCGGUUCUCCUGUUCACUGGGGAGCAGUUCCCCACGAACGAGGCCACCACGUUGUUCUUCGGUAUCUCGAAGCUGUUCCAGAAUAAGGACCCCUCGCUGCGGCAGAUGGUGUAUUUGAUUCUUAAGGAAUUGGCGAAUACCGCGGAGGAUACGAUCAUGUCGACGAGUAUCAUUAUGAAGGAUACGGCUGUUGGUAGUGAUGUUUUAUACAGGGCGAAUGCGAUUCGGGCGCUUUGUCGAAUUAUUGAUGCCACCACAGUUCAAGGUAUCGAGCGUCUCAUCAAAACCGCCAUCGUCGACAAGACCCCCUCCGUUUCCUCCGCUGCUUUGGUAUCCUCUUACCACCUUCUCCCGAUCUCCCGUGACGUGGUGCGCAGAUGGCAGAGUGAGACUCAGGAGGCUGCCUCGUCCGGAAAGCAGUCGACCGGUUUCCUUGGUUUCGGCGGGUCCCAGGCCCACGCCAUCUCGCAGUCGAAUUUCAUGACCCAAUACCAUGCCAUUGGUCUCCUGUACCAGAUGCGCUCGCACGACCGCAUGUCAUUGGUGAAGAUGGUGCAGCAGUACGGUGCUGCGGGGGUGGUCAAGAGUCCGGCUGCGCUGGUGCUGUUGGUGCGAUUGGCUGCCAAGCUGGCAGAGGAGGACCAGGGAUUGAGGAAACCAAUGAUGCAGAUGCUCGAUGGCUGGCUGCGGCACAAGCAUGAGAUGGUCAACUUCGAGGCCGCCAAGGCUAUCUGCGACAUGCGCGAUGUCUCCGAUGCCGAAGCCUCGCAGGCUGUCCAUGUUCUGCAGCUAUUCCUCUCGUCCCCGCGGGCUAUCACCAAGUUCGCCGCUAUCAGAAUCCUUCACAACUUUGCGUCGUUCAAGCCUAAUGUCGUCAACGUUUGCAACCCCGAUAUCGAGUCGUUGAUCUCCAACAGCAACCGUUCUAUCGCUACCUUUGCCAUUACCACUCUGCUCAAGACCGGAAAUGAGGCUAGUGUCGACCGUCUUAUGAAGCAAAUUUCCGGCUUCAUGGCUGAUACUACGGAUGAGUUCAAGAUUACAAUUGUCGAGGCUAUCCGGACCCUUUGUCUUAAGUUCCCCAACAAGCAGGCUGGUAUGCUUUCGUUCUUGAGCGGUAUUCUCCGGGACGAGGGUGGAUAUGAGUUCAAGCGCAGUGUUGUGGAGAGCAUGUUCGAUUUGAUUAAGUUCGUGCCGGAGAGCAAGGAAGACGCUCUCGCACACCUCUGCGAGUUUAUCGAAGACUGUGAGUUCACCAAGCUGUCUGUCCGGAUCUUGCAUCUGCUUGGUGUGGAGGGCCCCAAGACCUCGCAUCCUACCAAGUACAUCCGUUACAUCUACAACCGUGUUGUUCUGGAGAACGCUAUUGUUCGGGCCGCUGCCGUCACUGCAUUGGCCAAGUUUGGCAUUGGUCAAAAGGACCCCGAGGUCAAGUCCAGUGUUUCAGUUCUGCUUACACGAUGCUUGGAUGACACGGAUGACGAAGUGCGUGACCGUGCUGCUCUUAACCUCCGGUUAAUGGGCGAGGAAGACGAAAAGGCUGGAGACUUCAUCAAGAAUGACUCGAUGUACUCGCUUUCUACAUUCGAGCACCAGCUCGUCAUGUAUGUGACAUCGUCGGAUAAAGACACGUUCGCCGCCGCAUUCGAUGUUUCUUCCAUCCCUGUUGUUACUCAGGAGCAGGCUCUUGCCGAGGAGCGGACCAAGAAGCUCACGACGGCAACUCCCACGCUCAAGGCUCCUUCUACUGGUCCACCCAAGAGCAAGGCCAGCGGUGUGGCCGAGGCUUCUACGGCCGCUGCUACCCAGAGGUACGCAGAACAGCUCAUGCAGAUCCCCGAGCUCAAGGCAUACGGCACUCUGCUCAAGUCGUCUGGCCCUGUCGAACUUACCGAGAGCGAAACGGAGUACGUGGUUACUGCCGUCAAGCACAUCUUCAAGGAACACGUUGUUCUGCAAUACGACGUUAAGAACACCCUUCCGGAUACCAUUCUGGAAGAUGUGAAUGUGGUGGUCGCGCCAGCGGAAGAAGACCAGUUGGAAGAGGAAUUCAUCGUUCCCGCCCCCAAGCUUGCCACCAACGAGCCUGGUAUCGUCUACGUGACUUUCAAGAAGCUUGCUGGCGAGAACAGCGUUCCUGUUACUUCGUUCACCAACAGCUUGAAGUUCACCAGCAAGGAGGUUGAUCCUACCACCGGUGAGCCUGAGGCAAACGGUUAUGACGAUGAGUACCAGGUCGAGGAUCUGGAGCUCACUGGUAGCGACUAUAUCAUUCCUACGUUUGCUGGUAGCUUCGACCACGUGUGGGAACAGACUGGGGCAAAUGGCGAGGAAUUGAGCGAGACUCUACAGCUCAGUAACAUGAAGGGCAUCGCGGAUGCCAUGGAACAACUCAUUGCCGCACUCUCCCUGCAACCCCUCGAGGGAACCGACGUCUCCCUCAGCAACAGCACGCACACCCUCAAACUCUUCGGCAAGACAGUAUCGGGAGGCCGAGUCGCAUCGCUAAUCAAGAUGGCCUACUCGACCAAGACCGGUGUCACGACCAAGAUUACCGUCCGGGCGGAAGAAGAGGGCGUUGCUGCUGCUGUUAUUGCGUCGUUGAGUUAG